AUGGGCAUCAUGGACAGACUUUCAGAGGUUGCUAAACACUCAGAAACCCCUGAUAAGAAGAAAAGUGCCGAUGCAGAUAAGGCUACGCAAGACAAACCAAGCAAAAUGGACAUCAUUGACCAGGUAACCCAACCCUCUCAACCCACUCAAUCCACUCAACCCACUCAAUCCAUCCAACCUUCUCAACCCACUCAAUCCACUCAACCCACUCAAUCCAUCCAACCUUCUCAACCUAACCCAGCACUAACACAACAACAGCCAUCCGCCCCAGCCGCUCCCAAGAAGAGCUUAAAGGAAAAGCUCAAGUCCAGUGGCGGAGUUGAGGUACAUCGGGAAGGAUCUGGUAUGGUCGGUGGAUUGAGCUCCGAUGCCAAGCUGCAUAAAGAAACUAAGCUACAAGUUACUAAAGGAGAACCAGAACAAGACGAUCCUACAUCGCUAAUUAGUAAAGGAACUGGAGCUAUCAAACACGUUAAAGAGUCCGGACUUAAAGGUGGAUUAGAGAACAAGGCUGGUGAUGAGGACAUGAAUGCGGGGAAAAUCAAAAAGAUGCCUCAAAGCUUUGGAGUGGCCGGUGGAAUGGGAUCGGAAAUCGCUGAUCAAGACAUAGCUCACAAAAAACACGUUGAUAUUGGCGUUAAAAAGGACCAGACCAAAGCUGUUAAAAUGGAUUCAUCUAUUAACCAAUCGCCCAAAACAACCCUCCACCCUGACGGCCAAUCCACUGCUGCUGCCACCCACUCUGACGCCACUAGCCAUCCCGCCGCCACUAACCAGUCAUCUGCCACCGCCCACCCAUCCACUUCAGGAUCGGCUGUUGCCGGAGCAGCCAUUGCCGGGGCUGCAAUCGCCGGUACCGGGGCCGCAAUAGCAAGUCAUGCCGCACACCCAGAAAAUUCGACUGUCAACAACCCAAGCACCACCCACCCAGCCACAUCAUCUGCCACCACAGAGCCAGCACCCGCCACUACCAAUGCUUCAUAUGCACCUACUGCAGCUCAAGCAGUGAGUCCGGCAGCUAACUCAGCCCCUCAGUCAGCUCAUCCUACUGCUAGUGGAGCCCAGGCAAAUAACUCUAACAGCAUGGCCAGCACUACUAACUCGACAGUCAACCCGAACGACCACACUGGCAUGGCACCUACUGCUACUGUACCUACUGCUACUAGUGAACUCCCUCCCCCCACCACCAGAACAAUCGAAAACGUCCAUACUCAAACCGAGUCAACUGCAGCCGUACCCGAAGGAAUCCAACGUACGACUGAAGUGGUGGAACGGCAAACCACUGAAGAGUCUGCUUUGUUGACCUCUGAUGAGGCUACCGCACUAGGAAUCACGAAUCCAGUGCCCGGGAAUGCCGAGUCCGGUACUGUCAGUGGCGGCCCAACAACCAGCGCAGGUGCUACUACUGCUGCUGCCAUUGGUGUCGGCGCCGUUGGUGCUACUGCUCUUGGCGCAGCUGCCAUUGGUUCUUCUGCCACGGCCCCAACGCAGGCCAAUAGUGUAUCCAACCCCGCCCAACCUAACGCCACUCAACCUAACCCUACUCAAUCAGCUGCCAACACCAAUACUAACACCAAUACUAACACUAACACUAACCAACCUAAUACUAAAUUCAUGGAGUUGCCCGAGUGUGAUCCAAACUCCUAUCUGGGCCAAGAGCGAGCCUCCGGCGAACUAGUUUAUGAAACUUCGGUGUACAAACGAAGGUACUUCCUCCAGUUCCUCUGGACUAAACGGCACUUUACACUCUCCAGCGACGGAAUCAUGAAGUACUACCGCAACGUCAACAGCAAAAGACGUGGCGAAUUCAAGGUUGACCAAGCCUUCGGCGGUAUUUCACCCUAUGAUGCCGGCCGAGGCUCCCAUCGCAACCGUAUUUCCCUCGUUAGUGACAAGGAUGAUGAUCUUGGAUUUGACUCGCCAGAGCAUCGCGAUGAGUUCCUCUACUGGCUACAACGCAUUCAAUAA